AUGAAACUAGACAAACCUUCCUCUAUCGCGCUCGCCGAGGCUAGGACUUCUGAGCCCACCCUCUCGCCUGUGCUUGAGACGCAAGAGGAGGAAAGUACUUUGGAAGAGGAGCGGUUCGCCGACGCUCUAGAGGAACAUUCAAACACCGACGAUACAGACGAGACGAAAGAAAAUAACAAAAGAGACUCGAAGAUUGAUGAUGGUUUUGCAGAAGCACCCCAAAUCACUGAAAUUAAAGAGCAGUCAGUGAUGCCGGAUGUACCGGUGAAUUUGGAGCAUUCACAAAAUGCGGAGCCAGUCACAAGCGAUCCAAAAAAUAAUGAGGCACCCCAGACGCAGGUGCAAACAGAGCAAGAUGAUGAAGAUAGCAGUAGCAAACCUGUUUAUCCCAGUCAACCUGCUUUGAUCCUCUUGAUUAUUGGAUUAUGUCUCGCCGUACUACUCGUUUCACUGGACCGAACGAUCAUCACAACGGCAAUUCCAGCCAUUACGAAUGAGUUCAAGACAACCUCGGCCGUAGGCUGGUAUGGUUCCUCUUACCUUAUCACUGCUUGUGCGUUGCAACCAACGUAUGGGCGCAUUUAUACGCUUUUCGAUGUCAAAUGGACUUUCCUUCAGUCCGUUGCCAUCUUUGAACUUGGGAGCCUAAUCUGCGCUGUUGCGCCAAACUCAACAACCUUAAUCAUCGGCAGGGCUAUUGCAGGUUGGGGAAGCGCAGGAAUCAUCACCGGUGCAUUCGUGGUGGUUGCUUUUGCUGUGCCGUUAUCGAAGCGUCCUAUCUACACUGCGUGCAUUGGUAUGAUGUAUGGAGCAGGAGCUGCUGCUGGCCCAAUCCUCGGCGGUGUUUUUACUGGUAUGGUCACUUGGCGCUGGUGUCCACAUGCCCACGAAGGGUAUAUACAAAGAUUAACACAGCUAGACAUUCCUGGCACUGCUCUUAUUCUCAUUUCAUUCACCAUGCUAUUCCUUGCUCUAGAAUACAAUACCACCGGCUACGCGUGGUCAAGCUCAUUGGUCAUCGGUCUUCUGUGUGGUUUCGGCGUGACUCUUCUCAUCUUACUUGCUUGGCUAUGGUACCGUCAAGAUAAGGCCAUCAUCGUGCCAAGUAUCAUUCUCAGGCGGACCGUCGGAGCAGCGUGUCUGCUAGCAUUUUUUAUAUAUGCCGUUCUAAUCCUCCAUGGCUAUUACCUACCCAUAUGGUUCCAAGCUAUCCUAGGGACAUCCACUGAAAUAUCUGGCGUUGAUAUGCUAGCUUAUGUCAUUCCAAACUGUGUAUUCAGUCUGAUGGCAGGUUUAUUCAUAAACUAUGUCGGUUACUUCACUCCACCCGCCAUAAUGGGCUGUGCAAUCGCCACGGCAGGCGCCGGCUUGGUCAGCACUCUUGAACCGACGAUGAGCACAGCCAAAUGGGCUGGAUUUGUUUGCCUAGCAGCUGCUGGCGUUGGUAUAGCAGUCCAACAAAGUUUCACUGCUGUUCAAAGUGUACUACGCCUUGAGCAGAUACCCAUUGCAACAGCCGCAGUGACAUGCUUCCAAAGCCUGGGCGGAGCUGUCUUCAUCUCAGUCGGAAAUAGUAUUCUGUCUAAUGAGCUUCGCGCGGCCAGUCAGGCGAAUGAAUUACCGGGUAUAGAUGUUGCCGCCGUUCUCUCCGCUGGAGCAACGCAGUUUCGAUCCACUGUCUCCCCCGACGCGCUACCAGCUUUGAUCAAUGUUUACAACACUGCUCUCCAGAAAGUGUUCAUUGCAGCAAUUCCCAUGGCAGGUAUAGCUUUUGCCUCGACCCUUCUGAUGGAGUGGCGCAGCGUGAAGGCUCCAGCUAAACAGAUCCCACCGUUGGCUGAACCAAGCUCUUCCGCCGAUGCUCCUGUCCUGCCAGAUGUGGACGUCGAGACAAGGAUAUCACCUGUCACUACUAGACUUGGAUUUGCAUCCAGGUCAACGACUACUAGCCGUGGCAGUAGUUGA